GCAGCAGCAGCAGCAGCAACAACAGGCAGCCGCAAUGGAUACAGAUAGACCAAAUGGACAGGAGACGAAAGUCAUUUAUCAUAUUGACGAUGAGACCACCCCCUAUUUGGUAAAGAUACCCAUACCCUCGUCGCAGGUAACCCUCAAGGACUUCAAGCUGGUGCUCAACAAACAGAACAACAACUACAAGUAUUUCUUCAAGUCAAUGGACGCCGACUUUGGUGUCGUCAAGGAGGAGAUAGCCGACGAUGCCACCAUCUUGCCUUGCUUCAACGGCCGCGUCGUCUCCUGGCUGGUCUCGGCCGAUGGCACCAACCAGUCGGACAACUGCUCCGAGCUGCCCACCAGCGAAUGCGAAAUGGUUGGCCUCGGCCGGGCCAAUGUACGCACACACCUUGCCCUGCAGCAGCAGCAGCAGCAACAGCAGCAGCACCAACAGCAUCAGCAGCAACAGCAGCAGCACCAACAACAUCAGCAGCACCUGCAGCAGCAGCAGCAGCAACAGAAGCUGUCCGGCGGCGGUCUAAUCAACAAUCAGAUGCUGCAGCCGCCACCGCUCACAUAUCAAUCGGCGUCGGUGCUGUCGAGCGAUCUCGACUCGACCAGCCUCUUUGGCACCGAGUCGGAGCUGACGCUGGACCGCGACAUGACCGACUACAGCAGCGUGCAGCGUCUGCAGGUGCGCAAGAAGCCGCAGCGGCGCAAAAAGCGGGCGCCCAGCAUGUCGCGCACCUCCUCAUACAGCUCGAUCACCGACUCGACCAUGUCCCUGAACAUCAUCACCGUCUCGAUCAACAUGGAGGCGGUCAACUUUCUGGGCAUCUCGAUUGUUGGCCAGUCGAAUCGCGGCGGCGACGGCGGCAUCUAUGUGGGCAGCAUCAUGAAGGGCGGGGCCGUUGCAUUGGAUGGCCGCAUCGAGCCGGGCGACAUGAUACUGCAGGUGAACGAUGUGAAUUUCGAGAACAUGACCAACGACGAGGCGGUGCGUGUGCUGCGCGAGGUUGUGCAGAAGCCGGGGCCCAUCAAGCUGGUGGUGGCCAAGUGCUGGGACCCGAAUCCCAAGGGCUACUUCACCAUACCGCGCACGGAGCCGGUGCGGCCGAUAGAUCCCGGUGCCUGGGUGGCACACACCCAGGCGCUAACCUCGCAUGACAGUAUUAUUGCCGACAUACCGGAGCCCAUCAAGGAGCGGCUCGACCAGAACAAUCUCGAGGAGAUAGUCAAGGCCAUGACGAAGCCCGACAGCGGCCUGGAGAUACGUGAUCGCAUGUGGCUAAAGAUAACCAUACCGAAUGCAUUCAUUGGUGCCGACGCUGUCAACUGGGUGCUGGAGAAUGUCGAGGAUGUGCAGGACCGAAGGGAGGCGCGACGCAUAGUGUCGGCGAUGCUGCGCAACAAUUACAUCAAGCACACGGUCAACAAGCUGACCUUCUCCGAGCAGUGCUAUUAUGUGGUGAACGAUGAGCGCAAUCCCAAUCUGCGCUCCCUCAAUCCGCACCAGCAGCAGCAGCAGCAUACGCACGGCCAGCAUGCGCUCAGCCAUGCGGACACGGAGAGCAUCACCAGCGAUAUUGGGCCGCUGCCGAAUCCCCCCAUAUACAUGCCAUACUCGGCCACGUACAAUCCCAGUCACGGCUAUCAGCCGAUACAGUACGGCAUCACCGAGCGUCACAUCUCGUCCGGCUCGAGCAGUUCGGAUGUGCUCACCAGCAAGGAUAUAUCUGCAUCGCAAAGCGACAUCACAUCGGUUAUACAUCAGACCAAUCAGCUAACCAUUGCCGCCCAUGGUUCCAAUAAAUCUUCGGGUUCCUCGAAUCGUGGUGGAGGAGGAGGAGGUGGCGGCGGUGGUGGAGGCGGAGGCGGGGGUGGGGGUGGCAAUACCAACGAUCAGGAUGUAUCCGUAUUUAAUUACGUAUUGUAGAAAUUCUUUCUUGCAAUCAAAUUGUGUGUUUUUAAUUAUUAUGGAUUUAUUAUUAAUGAAUAUGUAUAAUUAUUCUUUUUUAUAUACGAGUAUACAAAAACAAAAACAAAAACAAACAACAACAAACACAAACAACCAACAGCAACAACAAUAUUAAUAAUAAUACUUAUGUAUAUGUAUGUAUCUGUAAGCUAUAUAGAACGAAAAGUGCAAGAUGCAGGAUGCAAGAUGCAAGCUGCCAGCUGAGAGCGAGCGAGAGAGAACGAGCGAAAGAACGUGAGUGAGACACAGAGAGAGAGAGAGAGAGAGAGGACGUAUCCGGUAAUCGUACACCUCUGGCCAUCGCUCCUCAGAAUCCAGGAUAUCAAUUGGAGCGAGAGACAACGAGGACAUUGGAUUUGGAAAUUGGAUAUUGGAUAAUGAUAGAAUAGUAGGAUGCAUGCGUGGGGGACAAGAUUUUGAAUAAAGUUCUAAGAAUUUAGUAAUCACAAAAGUAAAUAAAUAAAAGUAAAACCAAAAUAAAA